CGUCCUAGUCCUCUCAGACGAACCGGACGCGGACAAGGACGCGAGCACGACUCUCUCUCGUCUUCGCCUUCGCCUUCGCCUUCGCCUUCGCUUUCGCCGCCCUUUCGAAUUCCUCCCCCAUUUCCAGCACCAGCAGCAGGCGGCGCUGCCGCGUCGGAGGUUGGGGGGGAGAAAGAAUCUCAGAGGAGCAUGGUGGAUCAGCUCACCGAAGAUCAGAUCGACGAGUUCAAGGAGGCCUUCAGCCUCUUCGACAAGGACGGCGACGGUUGCAUAACCACCAAGGAGCUUGGGACUGUCAUGAGGUCACUUGGACAGAACCCAACUGAGGUAGAGCUCCAGGAUAUGAUUAAUGAGGUUGAUGCUGAUGGCAAUGGGACAAUUGAUUUUCUAGAGUUCCUCAACUUGAUGGCGCGGAAGAUGAAGGAUACCGACUCCGAAGAGGAGCUUAAGGAAGCCUUCCGAGUUUUUGACAAGGACCAGAAUGGCUUCAUCUCGGCAGCUGAGCUCCGCCAUGUCAUGACAAAUCUCGGUGAGAAGCUGACGGAUGACGAAGUUGAUGAAAUGAUCAACGAGGCUGACGUGGAUGGUGAUGGCCAAAUCAAUUAUGAGGAGUUUGUCAGAGUCAUGAUGGCCAAGAGAAGGCAAAGGAGGUUACAUAACAAAGGGGCCGGCGCAAGCAAUGGCACUGGCAAGUCCUGGAAGAAAAUCCGUCGCAAGAAGAAGCCCAUUUCUGAUUGCUUCUUCCUCUAAAAGCCGAAACGUCUGCUGCCUUAUUCACACCGUUUCAAUCUCGGCUUUCUAUCUCCAACCCUUAAA